ACAUAUCAUGCCGUCUGUGAGCUAUCUGACUAACACCAUAACAAUGGAGACGGACAGGAAUUGGGCGGCUCAGAAGAUCUUGGAUCUGACCCUGGAGAUCAUCUACCUGCUGACUGGAGAGGAUCAUGUGGUUGUGAAGAUGCCUGUUCGGAGACACAACAUUUGUCAUCCUUUGUGUGGAGGAUUCACCAGAUCCCAGAGCCCCAGCACUGUUCCUACAACUCACUCACUGAUAGAUGAGAGAAACCAUGAGCAGAAGAUCCUCGAGCUGACUAAUCAGAUAAUUGAUCUGCUGACUAGAGAGGUUCCUAUAAGAUGUGAGGAUGUCACUGUCUAUUUCUCCAUGGAGGAGUGGGAGUUUAUAGAAGGACACAAGGAUCUCUACAAGGACAUCUUGACAGAGAACCAAAAGCCCCUCGGCUCACUGGAUUUAGCCAAGGCCAAAAUGUCUUCAUUAGAAACCCAUAUCGUGGCACCUUCUUGUCUUCGCCAAGAAAAAAAGAUAUCUGAAUGUAAUUUUGGAGCAGAACGUACAGGCAACAGAGUGAUAAAUAUUUCUGAUCAAUCAACCUCAUGUAAAGAAGAAAAUCUCCUGGAUUCUGACACGAAUCCACCCACAGAACAUACACAGACAGAAUCUCCAUCUUCAUGUAAACAAAGAGAGCUUGCAGACACCGACAUUAAUCCACCCACAGACAGAAUCUCUGUACAAACAGAAUCUCUGUCUACUGAUAUUAAGGAACCUGCAUCAUGUAAAGAAGAAAAUCUUACAGAUUUUAACAUUAAUCAAGCCACUAAACAUACACAUCCAUCUAUUGAUAAUAAAGAGGAAUCAUGUAUUAUUAAAAAUCUCACAAUUAAAAGACCAUUUCCUUGUUCUGAAUGUGGGAAAGGUUUUAGCCAAAAAUCACUUCUCGUAAGGCAUCAAAAACUUCACACGGGAGCAAAACCAUAUUGUUGUUCUGAAUGUGGGAAAUGUUUCAGACAGAAUUCCGAUCUUGAGAAUCAUCAACGUGUUCACACAGAAGCAAAACUACAGGCUGAGGAAAAACCAUAUACAUGUCUCGAAUGCAGCAAAUCCUUUAGCCAGAAAUCCUAUCUUCAUAAUCAUAGUAGAAUCCAUGCUGCUUCGAAACCUUAUUCCUGUACUGAAUGUGACAAAUGCUUUACCUGUAAGAGUUAUCUUGUUCGUCACAUUAAAACUCAUCCAGGCUUUAAAUCUUUUUCAUGUUCUGAUUGUGGGAAAAGUUUUGGCCAUAAAUCAAUUCUUGCAAUUCAUCAAAGAAUGCACACUGGGGAGAGACCGUACUCCUGUCCUGAAUGUGGCAAAUGCUUUACCCAUAAGAAUUAUCUUUUUCGUCACAGGAAAACUCACACUGGAUUGAAACCUUUUUCUUGUUCUGAAUGUGGGAAAUGCUUUAGCCGUAAAUCAAUUCUUGUAACUCAUGAAAGAAUCCACACUGGGGAGAAACCCUAUAGAUGCACUACAUGUGGGAAAUGCUUUUCUCAGCAACCACAUCUUCGUUUCCAUCAAAAAACUGUGCACUGACACUUUGGUUCUGUUCAGAAUACGAAAACAUUAUAGCCACCAUGGAAAUCAUGUAACACAGAAAAGGUUUUAUACUUAAGUCUUAAACGUGUGAAAUGAUUUCAUCACGAAAUAUAUCUUGAGUUACAUUAAAAACUACAGCCUGUGAAUAAAAAUAUUUUUUUAUCUGUA